CCUUACUUCCAUCACACCCCGAGGCCUUGAGACUCCAAAGCUCCAUGAGUCUAUAAAAAGAGCGUUUCUUCCCAGAAGACUUGGCAGCAGAACCUUUUUGAGCGCUUCUCCUGCAUAAAGCUCGAGGAGGCAGAGCAGCCGCGACGCAAUCCGAGGAGAAGGAACAAUUGCAAAAACAGGACUUGGGUUUUACACAAGCUGACUGACCAUGGUGCCUCCAUGUUGGGUCUCCAUAGCACUGAUGGUGUGCAUGUCCACCCCAGUGUUCGGCUCAGAGUGCUCUAUCUGCAAAAACCUCAGCAACAAGGGGAGGAUACUGGAUUGCAUUGAGCUCUGCAGGUCGGCCAGCCAAACUGAGCGUCCGGAUCUAAGCACUUUGGUUGUCAACGUCAGCGAUGAGAACAAGCUCUUACCCAACCCCUCCCAGGACAGGACCAAACACAAGACGCCCGUGUCGAAGGCCAGCAAGGACAAGCGGCGGUCUUACUUGAUCGAGCACUUCCGUUGGAGUAAACCCUCCGGGAACAAGACGCAGGAAGCCAGGCCGGUCACUAAAGGCAACAAACGGAGCUCUUAUUCAAUGGAGCACUUUCGCUGGGGGAAACCGCCCGGGAACAUGACACCCGGACUAAAGCUGGGACACAAAGGGUCCAAGAGAAGCCCCUAUGCCAUGGAGCAUUUCCGCUGGGGGAAACCCUCCGGCCGCAAACGCAAACCUGUCAAGAUCUUCGCCUUCCCCGUGAAGGAGCCCCCGGUCUCUUCCGAGGUGGUUUUCCUCCCUCAGGCUCGCAGGCAUCUGAACAGUAAGGAUGAGGAUUUAAACCCCAAUCAGAUCCAGGCUUCGGAAACAAAGACAGAAUCGCCACUUCAAAGGGGAAGUCCGCUCGCCGCUACCGACAUAAACGAGGAGAAACCUCAGGAGGUGCUGGCCGACAUCUUCAGGGACAUUCUUCUAAAAGACGUGGAGAGAAUAGUCGGUUGAGCUUGGGAGUGGAAAGGGGGUUUUAAUAUCCACUGCAUGUUACGACCAAUAACUCAUUUUGUCAUCAGCAUGUGAAGGAGAGGUUGGUUGCUGCGACCCCCCGUCCCAGCCUCCACCUUGACUGCAUUGGUUAUAUAUCAUAUUUUAUGUUGUAAAUGUUCUUUCAAAGAUUGCUUAUUGGCAGAAUAUGCUGUGGUAAAUGACAAAUAUUAAAAAGAUGGUUUUGUGCGCGGCAAA